AUGGGAGAGUUAGAGUUACCUCAACCUAUCUCAAAGAAAACAUCCUCUACUACUACUAGUACGGAGUCCGGUUUACCCGACCCGGUUCAAAACCGGUCCAAACGGCCUAGAGAUAGUACCAACACCAACCACCCGGUUUACAGAGGCGUCCGGAUGCGGGCAUGGGGAAAAUGGGUAUCCGAAAUCCGCGAGCCGCGAAAAAAGAAUCGGAUCUGGCUCGGCACCUUCGCCACGGCGGAAAUGGCGGCUCGAGCUCACGACGUGGCGGCUCUCGCCAUCAAAGGAAACUCAGCCAUCCUCAACUUCCCUGAACUCGCGGAUUCAAUGCCUCGACCUGAAUCGAAAUCUCCUCGAGAUGUUCAGGCCGCCGCCGUGAAAGCCGCUGCCAUGGAAGUUAUCAAUCAACAAACAACAUCUCAAUCACAUACAUCCUCUUUAUCUUCGUCUUCAUCUUCCUCUUCUCUGUCGCAAUCUUCUUCCUCGUCUUCUUUUGCGGUUUCUUCUUCCGAAGAACCGUCAACACCAGACGAACUCGGUGAGAUUGUGGAACUACCGGCAUUGGGAACGAGUUUUGAAUUACCCGACCCGGUUAAUAUGGUUUUUUCCGACCCGGUUGAUGGAUGGCCUUAUUAUUCACACAGUUGGGAUCAGAUUUCAAUGCAUCAAGACAACUCUGAAAGUCUAAGUAUGAUUCUUCGGGGUUUUGAGGGUUCAUUAUGGCAGCAUUAA